AUGGGCUUCAUGAGCAGAGUCGAGGAUAGGCCGACGCCCAAGUCGGUCUACAACUGGCGCAUGUGGGUUCUGUCCUUCAUCGCCGCUUUCGCUUCCAUCAUGAUUGGCUACGACUCUGCAUUUAUUGGUGGUACGCUGGCGUUGCCCUCUUUCCAAAAGUCGUUUGGCAAGCUCAACCCGACCACGUCGGGUAACCUGGUGUCCACCUACCAGGCUGGUGCUUUCUUCGGUGCCUUCCUCGGCCACCCUCUGGGCCACUUCCUGGGUAGGAAGAAGGGUCUGUUCAUCGUCUCGGUCGUCUUUACCAUCGGUGCUGCCAUUAUGACUGCUGCUACCCCUGCUACCCACCUGACGCCUAUCUUUGUGGGCCGUGCCAUUGCCGGUCUCGCGAUCGGUGCCGCCUCGAACCUCACGCCCAUGUACAUCUCCGAGAUCGCCCCGGCGCCCGCUCGUGGCCAGGCCAUUGGUGUGUACGAGAUCGGCUGGCAGAUCGGUGGCAUCGUCGGGUUCUUUAUCAACUACGGUGUCAUUCAGACUCUUGCCCCCUCCGUCAAGCAGUGGCGCAUCCCUUUCGCCGUGCAGCUUGUUCCCGGUGGUAUGCUUAUGGUCGGCUCUCUCUUCCUUGUUGAGUCCCCCCGCUGGCUUCUCUCGCGCGGCCGCGUCGAGGAGGCUCGCGAGAAGCUGUCUUACAUCCGUCAGCUGCCCACCGACGACCCCUACUUUGUUGACGAAUUCACUCAGAUGAGCCUCGCCAUCGAGGAGAACAAGCGCGUUGCCGGCGGUGACUCGUACCUCGCCCCCUUCAAGUACCUCUUCAAGCAGAAGCACCUCGUUACUCGUCUUGCUUUCGGUUCGAGUCUGUUUGCGUUCCAAAAUGGAACGGGCAUCAACGCUAUCAACUACUACAGCCCAACCGUUUUCAAGUCUCUUGGCAUUGUCGGUACCUCGACAGGUCUUCUCACCACGGGCAUCUUUGGUAUCAUCAAGACCAUCGGCUCGUUUAUCUUUAUCAUCUUCCUCGUCGAGACGGUCGGUCGUCGUCGUCUGCUAAUGAUCUCGUCGUCCGGUGGUGCCGUCGCCAUGUACUACAUUGGCGCCUACAUCGCCAUCGCUAAGCCUCAGCUGCACAAGAAGUCGGGCCUCGACGGACCGGGAAUCUCGGCGCUCGUCUUCUUCUACAUCUGGACGUGCUUCUACUCGUUCGGUUGGAACCCUCUGCCCUGGGUGUACGGUGCCGAGUCCUUCGACAACACCGCCCGCCCCGUUGCUCAGAUCUUCAUGGCUGCAAGCAACUGGCUGUACAACUUUGUUAUUUCCCAGGCGACACCCCACAUGUUUAUCAAGAUGGGUUGGGGCGUAUAUGCCUUUUUCGCUAGUUGCAUGGUUGUCAGCGUCUUCUGGGUCUUCUUCUUGAUGCCCGAGACCAAGGGUAUCCCUGUCGAGGAGAUGGACAACCUGCACUCCAAGUGGCCACGUAGGCACGCGCACGGCAUUGUCAUCGAGGAGCUCCGCAUCCGUUCUGCCGAGCACCGUGGCGAGCCAGUGCUUGCCAACGACGGCUACCAGCCUUCGGAUUCGGCCAGCACCAACGAGAAGGAGGACAGCAACCAGAUCAAGCUGAGCACCGCCUAA